GAACUAUAAAAAAAACGAAAUCUAAUUUAUUGUGCAUUUACAACCGAGUGCCAUCGCCAUUGAAAUUCGUCGAUUUAUUUGAAAAUUACUUUACAUUGUGACUGUAUUAUUAAGACAUUUUCUUUUAUCAUCGACUACCUCCUUUCAUGCAAAAAGAUUUUUUAGCGCAAAGACAAUAAAUAAAAUAAAUUUGCUUAAUAAUUAACAAUAACAACAAACAUAAACUAGUCAUCGAAAAUAGAAAAAGCAAAAGCGUAAUACCCAAAUGGAGGUCAACAGCUUUAUCAAUGCCUUUUCGCCGCCCUCCUCGAUGUCCACUGACCAUCCCGAACAGCAAGGCGAGCAUCCGGGCAUGUUCGUGCACAAUCGACGCAUAGUUUUGGAGUUGGUCAACAAAAUAUUCGAUAAUAAACGUGGCAAUGUGGAGCUAUCCUCAUCACAUUGCUCCAGCUUGGCGAAGAAGCCCUCUGUAUACAGCUAUGACAAUCGUCUGAAAUACUGGAAGGAUAUGUUGGAGCAGCGUAAACUGGUGCAGGCGAAUAUACAGGAGAAAACGGGUAAAGCGCCGGCUCAGGUGCUCUUCAAUCGCGCCGUCACCGUUGAUGAACGUGACAAACAGACGGUGCGUCGUUUGUUGGAUUACGCGGAACGCUUGAAUCCGUUGACUAUAUUGCACAGACAGGAAGGCAUAUUGCCGGAAUAUAUUGACUGUAGUAGGUGUCAGCAUGUGCAUGCACUACAUGAGACCUUGCCGAAGGCGGAGCGUGACGGCGAGAAAAUAGUUGAGAUUGCCGGCUUGCCGUUGGUAACCAAGGAAGAGCAGUUGGGCAAACCGAGAGAACAGGGCGCACACAAAAAGUCCGAUUGGUUAAGGUCGAAGGUGUUGGAGGAGCGUAUUGAGGGCAAACGCGAGGAUAUCGAACGCGUGAUUGAAUUCUAUCCGGACAUUGAUAAACUGCAGAUUGUCGGCGAGAGUUUUGACAAGAUGCAUACGUUGCGGCACAAUGCAGACAUACAAUAUAUAGGUGAAGAGAAGAUACAUACAAUCUCACAAGACUCGUCGAUUUGCGAACCAACUGCGCAGGCAGCAGCUAUUGUCGAGCCAACGCCACAACCCGAUUACAGUGUGCGUAUUAACGAACACAUUUUCCUACUAACCGAAAAGCGUAGCUCCAAAUAUGUAGAGCUGGAGGUGCGUUUCGAAUGCGAACCCUUCGAGAAAGUUGUCAAGCGCGUUUUACAUCUAGAAAAUUUAGGCAAGCGUGUAUUGAGUUGCGAAUGGGUACAUCGUCCAUAUUUUGAUAAAAACGCCAACCUACUAAAAGCCUACGACGACGAAUUCAUCUUUCAGCAUAAACCAUUUCGCCUGACAUCGGGCGAGACCAUGGAUGUGGUGGUGCAGUUUCAGCCACGACGCGCAGACAUCACGAAACAGAAGUGGAUGCUUAAAAUCGAUCCACAAUUCUUCUGUCGCAAAGUGGAUGCGGUUGUGGUGCGUUUGAGUGGUAAGUGCAAGCCGGCGCCGGAGUAUAUUGCCAAAAUACGCGCUGUACAAACGGAGGUCUUGAACAAAUCGAACACGAAGAUGGUGCGCCAGAUCACCACACGCCUCGCCUCACUCACACCGCUGAUUAAGCUGCCCGAAGUGAUUUGUCCUUAUAAGCGUACAUUAACCGAACUGGAGCUAUUCGAGUUCUACAAUCCCGGCUAUCGCUGCGAACGCUAUCACGACAUACAACUGCUCAAAGGGUUGUAUCAGCGUUUGAAGAAACCACGCGAACCCGCUUGGGAUUUGAGUAUUGAAACAUUGAAAGCCCUUAUCUUACGGCAAGAGAGCCCGGAUAAGCGUGCUUUGUACUUUGUGGAGAUGAUUAGUCUUUUGGAGGAGAUGCGCGGUAGACCGCCCAUAGAAUUCGAUGAACGAAUACUCGACAAUACCGAACGUGAGCGCACGUGUUAUGUGUAUGUGCGUGGCAUUAUUUCGACGGGUAUCGAUGAGUGGGAAGAGUUGACGCUCACCAUCGAGGAGGCCUUCUUGAAGGUGGCUUGGAAGGAGUAUAUAGAAAAUUAUUCCAACACGCCAGGCGAGGGUGCUGGUGGCGAUGCUGAACAUAUAGAGGUGCUGCUCAAUGAAUUCGAUGAGGAAGAACUCAAAGUGUGGCUGGCUAAAGAGUUGCGUCAUCGCAAAGCGUUCCGCGACACGCUCUACAUGCAAACCUACACGCAUUUGUGCAAUUUCAUCGAGGACAUUGUCUCAGUUAUAGAGAGCACAGACAUCGUUUAAGCAGCUACUUCUUUUUUCUUGUGUGGACUCAAGCUUAAUAUCCAAAUAAUUCGGUGAUUAACUAUUCGAUUAUGACGCAAAUGCAUAUUUGGGUAUCGGUUUAAAUGAUACUUAUGUGCAGACCAGAGAUUCCACUUUUGCAAUAAUUUUUGUAUAUUUUACUUGUAUAUACACGUACAUACAUACAUAUUAAAUAAAAAUAGGGUAAAUUCUCAUUUCAAUUUA